AUGCCUAGUAGUUGUUUUUCAAUGAAAUGUUUUAUUCAUUUUUUCUAUUUAUUUACAGGUUGUUUAUCACCUAUAGGUUCAAUUACUUCAUCUAAUCGAGGAUCUGUAUUUAAUAGUCAAACAUUGAUCAAUACUCGAGUUCCAUCAACAAGUAAUAGAACUGAUGAAGUGAUUCGUGUAAUUAAAAAACCUACUCCACCCAUGACAACAACAGGAGGACUUUAUGAAGAUGAUGAUGAUGAAGAUGAAUCAGUUGAACGUAUUUCAUAUAAAUCUAUACCAGAAAGACCAAUGAAUACUCCAAUACACUUACCUACAAUUCCUAUGUCACAACAAAAAAGCACAAAACCAACCUAUAUAAAUAGAAAACCAACACCUAAUUUUGAAAAUCAAUCAAAUAUAAUUGAGAGUCGACGUUGGUUUGAUCAACCACUUGGUGAUCAAAAUUUACUUCCUGUACAUGAUGGUCGAUAUGGUCUUAUUGCCGGUACAUCCACUAAUGAGUAUAUAUUAAACAGUCAAUUACCUGAUAAUGAUUAUGUAGAACACAAUCCACGUAGGAAUAGAAGUAAUUGCACAAUAUCAUAA